ACCUGAUUUGGUGAGGAGUAUGGGGAAGGGUGAGCGCCGUUUCCCGUACCCUCCAGCCCCUAGUCCCUCCCUCCCACAUCACGAGGACUCUGGAUCUCCGCUCUGAGACUGCUCAGCGCCACCAUCCUCCCGCCUCUCCCCUGGCACCUGUUGCCACCCGGUUAAGGGCAAAAACAAUCCCGGCCAGCCAGCGUGGAGUGUCAGGGAGCCCCGCCCCUCCUCCUCUGGUUCCUCCUCCUGUGAUUCUUCCCCAGGCCCCGCCCCCACCUGCCCAAGAUAAUUUUAGUUUCCUUGGGCCAGGAGCUUGGACACACAGGGCUCUCCCUCCCCCCAACCCUCACUCUACGUCCAAAGUCGGGACACCCUCCUGCCACCUGUAGGGAAGAAGGAGUGGAUUUGAAAUCAAGUCCAGGUGUCUGGGGUCCCAAGACAGAACCGGACUUUGUACCCGGUGUCCUGCUACUUCUGUUGGGGCCCUCCAGAUGUUAUGGAGCUGGGUCUGUCUCCACCUCAGCUCAGCAGCUCCCCAGAAGACCUGUACCUGGCCCCUGGGACCCCUCCUGGGACUCCCCCGCCUCCCGAUGCCCCUCUUCCUGGGGAGGUGAAGAGGUCCCAGCCUCUGCCCAUUCCGACCAGGAAUCUUCUUCGAGAGGAGGAGCUGCGGGCAAGCUCUCUGCCUUCCAUCCCCAACCCCUUCCCUGAGCUCUGCAGUCCUCCUUCACAGACCCCCAUUCUUGGGGGGUCCUCCAGUGCCAGGGGGCUGCCCCCUCGAGACGCCAGCUGCCCCCAUGUAGUAAAGGUGUACAGCGAGGACGGAGCCUGCCGGUCUGUGGAGGUGGCGGCGGGCGCUACAGCCCGCUACGUCUGUGAGAUGCUGGUGCAGCGAGCUCGUGCCCUGAGUGAUGAAAACUGGGGGCUGGUGGAGUGCCACCCCCACCUAGCACUGGAGCGGGGCUUGGAGGACCAUGAGUCCGUGGUGGAAGUGCAGGCUGCCUGGCCCAUUGGUGGAGACAGCCGCUUUGUUUUCCGGAAGAACUUCGCCAAGUAUGAACUGUUCAAGAGCUCUCCACACACCCUAUUCCCAGAAAAGAUGGUCUCCAGCUGUGUGGACGCACACACAGGCAUAUCCCACGAAGACCUCAUCCAGAACUUCCUGAAUGCAGGUAGCUUCCCAGAGAUCCAGGGCUUCCUGCAGCUCCGGGGAUCAGGACGGAAGCUUUGGAAACGCUUCUUCUGCUUUCUGCGCCGGUCUGGCCUCUACUACUCCACCAAGGGCACCUCCAAGGAUCCGAGGCACCUGCAGUAUAUAGCAGAUGUGAACGAGUCCAACGUGUAUGUGGUGACCCAGGGCCGCAAGCUCUAUGGGAUGCCCACCGACUUCGGCUUCUGUAUCAAGCCCAACAAGCUUCGAAAUGGCCACAAGGGGCUUCGGGUCUUCUGCAGUGAGGAUGAGCAGAGCCGUGGCUGCUGGUUAGCAGCUUUCCGCCUCUUCAAGGUGGGCCUCACCCUCUGGAUCCCUUUUGCACAAGUAGCUCUGCCCUCAGGAACGAGGGAGCGCUCUCAGUAUGCCCAGGCCAAGGCUGAGUCCUGGCUCUGGUCUCAGAACGCUCCUUAUCUGGUGGUAGGGGGGUUUCACAGCCCCGUCCCCAGCACCUGCUUGACCUCAGGCUCUCUUUCUCCCUCUGCCCCGAAGUAUGGGGCACAGCUGUAUAAGAAUUACCAGCAGGCCCAGUCCCGCCACCUGCGCCCGUCCUGUGUGGGUUCUCCACCUUUGAGGAGUGUCUCUGAUAACACCCUGGUGGCCAUGGACUUCUCUGGCCAUGCUGGGCGUGUCAUCGAGAACCCCCGGGAAGCUCUGAGUGCAGCCCUGGAGGAGGCCCAGGCCUGGAGGAAGAACCACCGUCUCAGCCUGCCCACCCCAGGCUCGGGCACGAGCCUCAGUGCAGCCAUCCACCGCACCCAGCCCUGGUUUCACGGACGCAUUUCCCGAGAGGAGAGCCAGCGGCUCAUCGGGCAGCAGGGCCUGGUAGACGGCCUCUUCCUGGUCCGAGAGAGUCAGCGGAACCCACAAGGCUUUGUCCUCUCCCUGUGCCACCUGCAAAAGGUCAAACAUUAUCUUAUCCUCCCGAGCGAGGAGGAGGGCCGCCUCUACUUCAGCAUGGACGACGGCCAAACUCGCUUCACCGACCUGCUGCAGCUCGUGGAGUUCCACCAGCUAAACCGCGGCAUCCUGCCCUGCGUGCUCCGCCACUGCUGCACCCGCGUGGCGCUGUGACCCGGCUCUGGCCGCCCGGGUGCGUGUGGAGCGGACUCCAGGGCACAGAAGCUCACGCAUGGGCUCCGGAGCUCAGGAGGAUUCCCCUCCCCCGGAGAGCGCGGUCUGCUUUGCUCUGUUGCCUCUUCCUCAGGCAGCAAGCGCCCCCGCCUCACCCCCCACCUCUCUUCUCAAGAAAAGGCACUGGGGGUGGGGGCUCCCCUCCCCGGAGCUCCUGGGCGCGGCCCUGGGGCAGGGCAUUAUGGGAGAAAUGGGGGCAGCCCAGGUGGUCUUAGCCCCCUCCCCCCCACUUUGUACAGACUGAGAGGCCAGUUGAUCUGCUUUGUUUUAUAUGAGUGAUAAUAAAGCUUAUUUUUUGAUACA